UAAUUUAGCUGAUAAAAUCUUGAACUUUGUGACCUCUGUACAAUACCCAGGGCAGCCUGGAGUCAGUCAUGACUGCAGGUAUGCCUGCAGCUGCUGCUGGGUGCCAGCUGGGUGAGGCCCCAUGUCAGGGCUUCCUUCUUGGUGGGCACCUGAUUAGAAAGCCUCAUUAAUGGCACUCCAUGGUGUCUUUGUGCUAGGCAGAGGCAACAUCAUAAUACUGCUUGUGGCUGCUGACAUCAUGGAACCUUCUGUCAACUUCCAGGGUCUCUGCUCAGGGCAAAGUUGGAGCCUGCUACAUUGGUUCCUCUGGCUUCCCUGCUCAGGCUCACAAACCAACACUUUUAGGAUCAGCUUGCCAAGACUGAGACAAGACCAAAAAGCAAGGAGGGGCAGUGCUUCGCAUUUCUGAGAGAUUUCUGCAGCCCUGCCACUAUGAACUGCUGGAAGUAUUACAUUGACUGCAUCCUGAGCGACAGGAACAUUGAUGAUGUGGCCAUUGUGGGGCUCUCCGACAACAAGUGCGUAUGGGCAGCCAAGCCAGGAGGGCUGCUGUCGGCUGUGUCACCUUAUGAAGUGGACUUGAUCACAAGCCAGGAUAGGAAAACAUUCCUGAUGACUGGAAUCACCAUCGCAGGGAAAAAGUGCAGUGUGAUUCGUGAUAGCCUGCUGGUAGAAGGAGACAAUGUGAUGGAUGUCAGAAGCAAAGGUGGUAACAGCAGAUCCAUCUGUGUAGGCAGGACCCCCAAAGCUCUGAUCUUCCUCAUGGGCAACAGAGGAGUCCAUGGAGGAGUCCUCAAUCAGAAGAUCCAUGACAUGAUUGCCAGCAUGACACUGUGAGGCAAAUAGCACCAGAGAGACAGAAGUCUUCCACCAGAAUAUGGUGGCAUUGUCAUAGCUUUAACAGAGAAAGGAAAUAAGCCUGGUUUUCUUGCAUAUGCCUUUGCCUACUUCUUUCAGGUAGGGGGAUGUUGGGUGAGCAGCAGUACGGGGACGCUCACUCUGCCUGAGAAGCUUCAGUGCAGGAGUGCCACUCCCCCAUCCCCAUCACCUUCAAAUCAUUAAAUAUAAUUUAAUGAAUAAUGACUCUAAGAAGUUGAUAAAGCUGCCCCAGACAUGAAAAGAGAGCCAGCCCUGCUGAAGACAGAGAGCAUUUGCAUGUCCCUUGAUAGCCAUUCAUCUUCUGAUUUAAUACAGAGUCAAUAUUUGAUAGUUUAAUUAAACUCACAGAGAAAUCUUUAAUCUGCAGCCACACCUACAAAGAGCAGUAAAAUGCUAUGAAGGGAACUGGGCAUCUGAUGUAUUAGCAAAUAUUCAACAGAACACUAAUGACUGUCUAAUUUGUAAACACUUGUCCUGUGAGCAAUACGUACAAGCAUGAAACAAAACAAAUUAAUGGAAGUAAUAAGGGGGGAAAAAAAAAAA